UGGUAAAAGAGUGAAAUUUAUAAUUUACGGAGUAUAAUAAAAAGAGAUGGGAAAAAAUGUAGAGAACGGAAUGUCAAAACAACCAAAACAAAAGAGUAAAAUAACAAAGAGUAAAAUUGAAGAAGAAAGCAAAAAAAAGUCACGAAUAGAACUAUGCAUUGGCAGCUUCAUGCCAAAGGAGAGCAACAACAUUUCUCCAGCAGACCAGCAGUUCACCAGAGGAGUAGCUUUUGCUGACAUAUGCGUCCAUAGUCCCUUGAAGAGUUAUCCAGCGUUAAAGCAGGGUGCGGUGGCCGGUGGUGGACGGCGGUCACCAGCUCCCGACGGCGGAUGGAGGCUCCCAGCGGUGGUCGCCAGCUCCUGAUGGCGGAUGGCGGCUCCAGGCAGCUGUUGCGGCAGCUCCAAGCGGCGGUCGCCAGCUCCCGAUGGCGGAUGGCGGCUCCAGGAAGCAAUUGCGGCAGCUCCCAGCGGUGGUCUAUAAAAUUGAUGGUGGCCGAUGGAUGAAUCGAUUAAUGCAUUUGCUAAUUGCGGAGUACACCUUCUCCUCUUCUCAUGUAGUGAAUCGGGCGCAGGGGGUCGGGGACUCACCUUUUGUACGGAACUGGAGAGAGAGUUUGUUGCCUCAGCCCACGAAGACUACUCCGUAUGAAUGCAGGGGUAAUUUGGUCCCUUUGAUAAACUUUAGUCCUAUUUAGGUUUAUAAAAGCAAUAGGUCCUAUUUAAGUACAAAGGCCAUGUUUUAGUCCUAUUGGAGUCUUUCUCCCUAUAUUCAUUCGUACAUUCUAGACAUCACACGAAUAAGACAACUUUGACAUAACAUUACUUCUGUAUAGACAUACGUUUAAUAUGGCAUUAGAGCAGUGAUCCCCGGACUGCGCUCUCUGACCUUCGACGGCAAUGACAAUCGACGCGACCAUCUCAACAGCUGAUGGAACUAGACGGAAUCAUGAAAUGAUACGUACUAAUGCGAUUGAUUUAGGUGGAGUCUCACUGGAAAAGACACAAACGAUGACAAAUUCCAAGGAUGAUGCAUGUCCUCUACCACGAUUUGCUAAUGAACAGUGGGAAGGUUUGCUUACUCUCAUUGAGAAUUUUAGGGCCGCAUCUUUCGAUGCAAAACUGUCCGGUAAAGGAUGUAAGGUAAAAUGGCAUUCAGGAGUCUCAUAUCACAUGACAGGUUGUGCUCAACUUAUGAUCUUUAACAAAAAAAUUAACACCAAUACCAGUGAGCAUGCCGAACGGCGAAACCACACAUGCGACAAGUGUGGGAGAUGUACAUUUAAGCCCUGAGAUUGUAAUUAAAAAUGUUCUCCAUGUACCAGGACUUAAGUGUAAUCUUAUUUCUAUAGGCCGGUUGAUCAAUGACUUGAAAUGUGACAUAUAUUUUACUAAUGAAAUUUGUGUGAUACAGGAUCGAACUUCGGGAACGCCGAUAGGAGCAGGUAUACGACAAGGGGGUGUACUAUUUCCACAGUUUGGAAUUGGCCAAGUCUCAUUCGGUGACUACGGAAGAACAAGGUGAAUUAUGGCAUUUACGAUUAGGGCACUCGUCCUUGAAAGUGAUGAAAUCUGGCAUGAAUAAUUUAUUGGUUAAAAUUAACAAGACGUGUGAUGUGUGUUUGAGGACUAAACAAACACGUGAUUUGUUUUCUAUUAGUACAACAAAAGUUGUUGAACCAUUUGAAUUAAUUCACUGUGACAUAUGGGGUCCAUAUCGACACCCAGCUACAUGUGGUGCACGCUAUUUUUUUAACUAUUGUUGACGAUUUUUCCCGAGCUGUGUGGGUGCACUUGAU